AUGGCUCCCAAGGCACCACGACCCUAUGUCCGAGGCAGAGUAGCCGCUCAAACGACCCAACAAAUGCAAUCCUACCAACAACAACACCAAAACGUGUCCAUACAGCCACAAAAGGAGAGUUUCCAAAACCAGAAUGCAGCCAGUGUCCACCAAUCGCCUGCCCACCGCUCCUCGUCCUCCCUCGAAAGCCACGGCGCACCGACGGCCAUACCCAUGCAGCCCAUGGUCACACGACAACAACAACCACCGAGUGUCACACUUUCCUCCGACUCUUAUCACAUCACUCUCAACAACGCGGGCACCUCGCUCCUCAGGUCCACAUUCUUCCCAACAGGGUAUCGGGCGCCAGUGUACGAAGUCACCACCGAUAGUGUAAGCUCCAACAAGGCCACCACCACCCUCUGGAGCUUUGACGUCAAGGAAAGGACCGUCCGAGAAGUCGCCAAGAUCUAUUGGGCCUCGAGUGGAAAGACCAUGGUCGAGAUGAGCGGCGUCAAAAUCCCCGUAGCCGACUUUUUGACACGCUCAAAGUGGAGACUAGGUGUCACUCAAGCAACUGCAACGUUUACGUCGCAGAUGGAAGAGUAUAAAUGGGUACCCCAGCCAACCCUCUUUGACUCGGAAUCCUGCAUGUGGCACUGCGUCGUCCCAAUUGCUCGUGGCCCAGCUUCGGGUCCAUCCACUGUCCUCUCUGUCUACCGACCACCAGGUUCUCUCCCCUCCGUCGACCCCCAACCCCAACCACUCCAAUCCACAAAUCCACUACGCAGACACCGGUCCAAUCAAUCCACUUCCUGGAGAUCAUCCAUCUCUUCCGAUUCAAUACACAGCCAUUACUCUUCUGCUAUCGGAUUCAAUGGUAUGGCUUCCAUCCCAGUAGCAGCACCGACUCCUCAACCACAAGCGGCCAUCAUCCCCUCGGCUGCCAUCGCCAAUUCGAUCGUCGGCAUGGGCCACGGCGCAACGUGGACAACUUCAAGGAGUCGAAAAUCUCCUGCCAUCCUUGAAAUGUUUCCAGAGAUCAAUACAAAACCAUAUCUCCGGGAGGUUAUUGUGCUCACUGCGAUCCUGGUCGUCGUGUCCAAGGACGAGUGGAAUAUAUUCUCCCAGGACAAGACCCAUGCCCCCAUAUCAUCGAGCGAUGCCGUGCUCAAUCGAUUGGUCGACUUGUUUGAUCCUACCAAUAGUAUGG